GACACACAGAACAACAACAGAAAGAAGGCAGGUACGAAGGAAGGAAGAGGAGAGGGAAGAGAGGACUGAUAGAAACAACUAUCUUUCCAUCUAUAUACCUCGUCCUUCCUUUUUCUUUUCCUUCUAAACAUAAAGCAAAUCUUAUUCAUCUGGGUUUCUAAUUCUUUUUCACAUGCAAUGACAUUCACGAGCAGUUCGGUUUUAUGACACUAUAAACACUUUAUCAUAAUAUUUGUCCCUCCAGCGAUCUUCAAGCAGGGGGGGACAGAAAUAUUGAAUAUCUUGAUCCAGAUCAAUAUCCAAAACAAACCAUGUCUUCAAGCACAUUAAGAAGAGCCAUUGGGGCAGUGAAGGAUCGAACAAGCAUAGGCUUAGCCAAGGUGGGAAGCAGUGCCUCACUUUCUGAUCUUCAUGUGGCCAUUGUGAAGGCAACAAGGCAUGAUGAGGACCCAGCAGAUGAGAAACACAUUAAGGAGAUUCUAAGCUUAACAUGUUACUCUCGCUCAUUCAUCGGUGCAUGUGUGAACACCCUCUCCAAGCGCCUUAGCAAGACCAGCAGUUGGACCGUGGCUUUGAAAACUCUCGUUUUGAUUCAGAGGCUGCUAUCAGACGGCGAUCCUGCGUAUGAACAUGAAAUAUUCUUCUCAACUCGCCGAGGGACUCGCCUCCUCAACAUGUCUGAUUUCAGGGGCCAUUCUAAACGCAAUUCGUGGGACUUCUCUGCGUUUGUGCGCACCUAUGCGUUGUAUCUGGAUGAAAGGCUUGAGUACAGGAUGCAAAGCAAGCGUGGAAGGCGAAGCAGGUUUGCUUUUGAUGAGGAUGAGGAGGAACCUCAAGAAAGAUAUAGAUUCAGAGAAAGAGAAAAGAAUAGAGAAAACGUGAAAGCCACACCAAUGUGUGAGAUGAAGACUGAGGAGCUGUUUUCCAAAUUGCAGCACUUGCAGUUGCUCCUUGAGCGCUUCCUAGCUUGCCGUCCCACAGGAAGAGCAAAGUCGCAUAGAAUUGUGGUAGUGGCUCUCUACCCUAUUGUGAAGGAGAGUUUCCAAACAUAUUACGACAUUACAGAAAUACUGGGUAUCUUCAUUGAUCGUGUGACUGGCAUGGAGGUAACAGACUGCACUAAGGUGUACGACACUUUCUGCCGUGUCGGGAAGCUGUAUGAUGAGCUAGACUUGUUCUACAGCUGGUCCAAGAGCAUUGGAAUUGCACGCUCCAGUGAGUACCCAGAGAUUGAGAGGGUCACAACUAAGAAGCUAGAGCUGAUGGAUCAGUAUAUCAAAGACAAAGCACAAAACAAGAAACUUAACAUCCAAGAAGUAAAACAAGAAGAACCAGAACCUGAACCUGAACCUGAACCUGAACCCGAGGAGGACACGAACGCAAUCAAGGCACUACCAGCGCCGGAAUAUAUCCACGAGGAACCAGCAGAAGAAGUGGAGGAAGAAGAGGCAAAAGAAGAAAAAUGGUUGCAGACAGAGGGUGAUCUAUUGGAUUUAGGAGAUGACAUGGUGGCAAGUCAUGAACAUGGGGACAUGCUAGCCUUGGCACUAUUCGAUGGCGCCGCGCCAGCAACGGGCGCCACGCAAGCUCUUCCAUGGCAUGCUUUUGAUGAUGCCUCAGAUUGGGAAACAGCAUUGGUGCAAUCAACCAGCAACUUGUCUAACCAGAAGCCUUCUUUAGGAGGAGGGUUUGACACAUUGUUGUUGGAUGGUAUGUAUAGACAAGGAGCAACAAAUGCAGCCAUGCAGAGACAGGGUUAUGGGAUGAAUGGCAGUGCUAGCAGUGUGGCAAUAGGGUCUGCAGGAAAGCCUGCAAUGCUAGCAUUGCCGGCACCACCAACUUCAGGGAGUGCUUCAAGUCCAAAUUUGAUGAGUGCAGAUCCGUUUGCGGCUUCAUUGAAUGUGGCACCUCCAGCUUACGUGCAAUUAACAGAGAUAGAGAUGAAACAAAGGUUAUUAGUGGAGGAACAACUGAUGUGGCAGCAAUAUGCAAAUGCAAGGAGUGGCAUGCAAGGAAAUGUUGCAUUCCAACAACUACAACCUAAUGGUACUUACACCGGACAGUAUCAACAACACUAUGGGUAUUAUUAUCAUUAAUUAGAACAAACUUGUCCUUUAGUUUGCAGUUGCACCGAUCUCAAUAGAAAUGCUUGCUUUAAACUCCUUGCAGUUUAAUCACCCACAAAAGUGUAACCUAAAUCCCCACAAAAAAAUUAAAAGAAAAAAGUCUGCCAAUUGCGGUUUAAUUUCAUUUCUAUACAUCAGGUCAAAUAGCAUUUUUUUUUCUCAUAAUGCCUUCUAUUGUUCUAAAGUUUGUUGCAA